AUGCUUCUAACAGCCUUGAUAGCCCUCACAGCAGCAGCUGGAACCUUAGCGGCUGGCCCAAAUAAGCCCCUUCGACUUCCUCCCCAGUACAUUCCAGAAGUCUUUGUUCGUGACCGGGUCCUCGACGGUGACGGUGUCAAGGAGGUGUCAGAUUUCUGGUUCAGGUCCAUGUGAGUUUAUUAUAAUUCAAAUUCAAGGUAUAACUUUUUGUUUUUCGGCAAGGACGGUUCUCAAAGUUUUGCAAACAAAAUCUCUGUUGUGUCUGCAAAGCGCGAGCUAAAGACCAUCCUUUAUAUUUCUGAAAAACGUAUUUCAAAUUAUCACACCUAUUUUUACUGUAGAGAAUAGUGUUUCAACAAAAAAUAAACGGCAAAGAUUUGGCCAAAAGGUGAUUUUAUCGUUGGCCACACUCCGCCUUUUGCGUAUUCUCUCGGCGGCCUGUUAGCUUAUAAGCACCAGAAAUUUCCCGCUAAAUACAGGAUAUGUUUUGUGAUGCUUGGCUUAGUUUCCUCUUUUCAGCAGCGGCAACCACCGAGCGCCGAUCGCCAACCUCACCUCCUGCGUGUUCUCGCAACUCGGCGGUAGCUUCGUGGACCUCAUUAACGCCCGUCAUGGCGCCAGUUCCGCCGGUUUUGCCCGCUUCCUCAACCAAGGCAUUGACAGAUGUGUGAGGAACACGACGGAUACGGCGAUUAUUGCCGCCAGCAAUGUUUGGCUGCGAUUCACGAAGCUUAUGAUUCUAUAUGAACAGGAGAAGUUAGCUGAUCGUUCAAAACGUGAUAUUGGUGAUGACGGGCUUUACCUGGAACGUGCCAGCUAUGGUGACCGAAUGCUGAACAAAUUCGCGUUCUGCCAAGGGUAGGGUUCGAAUUGCAGGACACGUAUCAGUCUGUCGGGAAAAUAGUGAGCAGAAUGCGGCUGCGCCGCUGAAGUCAAAAGCGAUUGGAUUUUGCCGCGACACAAUUCAUUUUCUCGACGGCAGAUUUUCGAUGCGUGCUCAUUAUUUUCCCGACAGAAGUGCGACACUCAGAUCUUGAUAAAACCCGGCAACAAAUUUAGAAUAUAUAUUUUUCUAAAAUAUAUGCGAGAAUCCGAGCUCGCGCUUUGCAGAAACAACCGAAAUUUUUAAAUAGAUCGAAAAUUGGGAAAAAUAUUUCUCGGCCGAAAAGAUCGUUUAAUGCCUCGGCUUGAACUGCAAAACGCAAUCUCAGAGUUCCAAGAACCGCUGCGUACUAUACUGCAUCGUAUAUUCGAGCUUUAGAAUGUUUCACUGGCCAAGGCCGUGCCGUAACUUGACUUUGAGCAGUGGUCUCCACGGCAAGGAAUUCAUGGAUGUGCUGGGCGCUGGAUUAUUUAUAUUCGACGAGCUCUUCCCCGGAGUGUAAGGUUUUCUUUUGUUUCGCUUUCUAUUAUAUCCGACGUUCAUUUCAGCGGCUGCCGGUUUGACCUGAAGGAGCGGCUAAACCCCAAGUUGACCGAGCACCAUCGACCCAACGACAACUACGAACUGAUCAGCGGUUGCGACGACAAAGACCUCAAGUUGGCCGGCGACCUCCUCAAAGCCUUCAAAAAACUGAGCCGACGUCAUCAGAGAAAAUCAAAAUCUGAUAUUGUACUUUAA